UUCCUCAAACAAAAGAAGCGUAAUAUGCAGAUGCGCACUUGGGAAGAAGAAUACGGAAUAUAUCAGUAUCAUUGCCCAGAAGAUAUCCAACGAAACGAUAACAACGAUAAUGGAUUCAUGCCCCGAAUCGAUGCAGCAGACGAUCAAUCGCAAUGUGAAAAUGGCGAUAUCCAUCAUGAAGGACGAUAUGUAUUUUUGUAA